CCCUGUAUCAUACAGGCGGUCCGGUAGCGUAACGGUCAGCGUCUGCGUCUGUCACCGAUACACUGACGGUGUCCUUUGUUUAGCACUCGUCUAGGGCACGCUGUUCUUUCUCUGCAUCUCACGUCAGUUAAUAGGGCUGGCUACCUUGCCGCGAUAUUAGGUGUAGUUGCUGGCUCGGCGUAAAACACCCGUUCCCCCUACCCUCCGUACCAUAUACUCAAAUGGCUCUAUUCUCAAGUCGAAGAGUUUGUUGUUGGUAGAGUGCAAAGGUUCGUCAGGACCACGAACUUGGGACUCAGCUGUAGCCCUCUACGUCUAUUCUUCCUACGAAAAACAAAAAUCCAACAUGCCUUCAAAAUUCAAUCUGGCAUUGCUGCAAAUGGCAGUAGGAACUUCUAAAGUUGACAAUCUAGCUCGAGCUGUGGGAAUGGUCAAACAGGCAGCGGGUAAAGGUGCAAAUCUUGUAGUUUUACCGGAGUGUUUUAACUCUCCGUAUGGCACCAGUUAUUUCCCUGAAUAUGCUGAAACUAUACCAGGGCCUUCUACUCAAACUCUCUCACAAGCAGCCAAAGACAACAAUGUCUUUCUUAUUGGUGGAUCAAUUCCAGAGAAAUCCAGUGAUGGUCGACUGUACAAUAGUUGUCCUAUAUUCCGUCCAGAUGGAACUAUGGUAGCUGUUCAUCGAAAAAUCCACUUAUUCGACAUCAAUGUUCCUGGAAAGAUCAAGUUUCAGGAAUCAGAGGUCCUCAGUCCUGGAAAUACUCUUACCAUUUUUGAUACACCAUUCUGUCACAUUGGAGUUGGCAUCUGCUAUGACAUUCGCUUUGCUGAGUUGGCACAGCUUUAUGCUAGAAAAGGUUGUAAGCUGCUGGUGUAUCCAGGUGCUUUCAACAUGACUACAGGCCCUGCCCAUUGGGAAGCCUUGCAGAGAGGACGAGCUAUUGACAACCAGGUGUAUGUCGCAACUGUCUCCCCUGCUCGUGAUGACUCGGCCUCUUAUGUGGCCUGGGGACAUUCCACUAUUGUCAGUCCCUGGGGUGACAUUGUGGCUACAACUCAGCAUGGUGAAGAAAUUGUGGUUGGCGAAAUAGAUAUGGACCGAGUUGAAGAAGUUCGUUCAAUGAUUCCCAUAUGCAGUCAGCGGAGGCAGGAUCUGUACAAAGUCAUUGAUGUUCAUGAAUGCUCUGAGAAUGGGAUGGAAGAUAGCUUAAAUUUUUACCAAGCUACCAUCACUUCUGUUUUUUACUUUGUCCAUCCAAGAUAAUUGCAUUCUGAAGAUUGGGAGGUUGUGGUUUUUAUUUUUUGACUGGAGUAGAGGAGAGCAUCAUAUCCAGUGCACUUAGAGCUGAUACUCUAGAAAUAUUUUGUCUUUGCUUGUGAUGGGAUAUUUGUUGUGAAAUACAUGUGCUGAAUGUUUCUGGCUAAAAACCACUAAUGAGUGUUGGCCAACUUUUAAUGCAAUGUUUGUGCAUUUACAAGAAUUGAACAAUGUUUUGCUUUAUCUGUGCUGUUCUUCAGCAUAUAGCUAUAUUUAAUGGGUAUCUGAUGCUGGGAUAUUGUCCCAGUAUUUUAUUCAGUCCCUUGUAUUAAAUUUAAUCCUUAACUCAGUUCAUUUUUUUUACAAUCGAUAUUUUUGAGCCUCUUGUUUGCCAGUUGUUGAAGAAAAAGGAAAACAAGGUGAAAGUGUUUCUUUAGUUGUGGACCUAAGCUAUUUAAUAUGUAAUUCUGACCACUGUUGUGUUAAUGUGGAGUGACUAAAGGCUGCGUAAUUACUAUGGUUACGUACAGUGUGUUAACCAUGGUACAUGUCAGCUUUACAUGUUUUCUUCUAUUCAGACUACAUACUAGAAUGAAUGUGUUUAGUUUAGUCCUCGUUACUCCUGGAGGAGCAUAGGGCCACAGCAGAAUGAUUACAAUUACUGAAGUGUAAUGUAUUGUGGAUAAAUACCUCUGAUCUUCCAAUAUGUAUAUAAAUAAAAACUGCACAUUAAGUGGGUUUUAAAGUUCAUACCAGUUGUUACUGUUUUCUUGGUGAUUUCAAACUGAAUGACAUCAAGACAAAUGAGAUUGUGACAAAGGACUUAAAAUCAGAUGUUUUAUACUGGUUUAAUUUUGAAAUGUGUGUGACAUUUUAUUAUCUAGAAACAGAUUAUAUUCUAAAAGUAAGCAUCGGAAGUGAAUCAUGUUCUUAGUUAUCUAAAUUUCAUGACUUUAAAUUUAUGUCAAUCUGAUGAUGUAUUCAAGACAGAUUUGGAGCUGAGCUAUGUAAUAAAUAUAGCAAAUAUUUACUAUUAAUGUAGUUCAAAUAGUUGAUCGGGGGGUUUCAGUUCUUGUUGUGUUUGUGUGGUACCUGUUUAGUAUGGUAAAGACUUGGUUGCUGGCUCAACGUAAAACACCAUUUCCCCUCCACAUUUUGUACUAAUGUUGUUGAUCACCAAGAGCAAGGUGCAUUCUGUAGCCAAGACACAAUCUUGGGAGCUAAUGCUGAGUUGAGCAGAUAACUAUUCUGUGAUGAAUUUAUGGUCUUCAUAUUACCUAAACCGGCGUGCGCAAAAAGGGCAACAGUAAACACUGUAUUAGCAUGUUAUAUAUUUUAAGUGAAGUAGUGGACCCUAAUGUCGUGAUGGUUUUAAAGUAUGCCGUGCUGAAACUCCACAACACACUUUGAUUCAUUUAUACUUGGAAUCACAUACUCAUUGCAUUAAAUGCUUUAACUUCUUUUGA